AUGGGCAGGGUCCAGCAGUCCGCGAAGCAGCCCGAAUCCAGCAGCUCGACGACCACCUCGCCAUCCUCCGCGACGACCCGUAAAUCCCUCCAUCAGAACAUCUUUGGCAAGCUGCGGCCCCUCCCAUUCCAGUACCACUGGGCCGUCUGGUACGACAAGCACACGGACAACACGACGACCAGCGGGCCAGCCGCCACCCAGGACUACGACUCGCGCCUGUACCUCCUCCACGAGGACGUCUCCGACAUUGCCACCUUCUACCGCGUCUACAACAAUUACCCGUGGGACAAGGUGCGCCUGCGCGACACCGUCCACAUCUUCCGCAAAGGGGUGCGGCCCGUAUGGGAGGACCCUGAGAACCGCAACGGCGGGUGCUGGCGGUUCCGGGUGCCCAAGAACAAGGCGCAGGAGUUUUUCCAUGAGAUUGCGAUUCUGGCCAUGGCGAAUGAGUUUCAGGCCGUCCUGGAAAAGGAUCACGACCACGUCCUAGGCGUAUCUACAUCCUCGCGCUUCAACUCCAAUCUCAUCUCCGUCUGGAACAAGCUCGGCAACAACGAACGCUCCAUCAAGGCCCUCGAGCAGACCAUCCUCGACCGCCUGUCACCCGAACUGCGUCCUACAGGGACCGGCUCGACCGCGUACUUCUACAAACGCCAUGCCGAAAACGAGGGCUUCACCGAUGCAGUCCAAAAGGCGAGCACAGUGACGUGA